AUGUUUAAAGUAUCAAAAUAUAGACACACAGUUGGUAAAAUUGAUAAACGUGAACUUUGGUAUCCAGAUGUAAAUACAACAGGAAAUAGUUCAGCAUCAACAUUUAUUAAAGCCAAUUCAAAAUGGGUAGCAUUAAAUUGGCAAUCAAAUACUGGUACUAUUGGUUUAAUUCCAUUGAAAUCAUUUGGAAAGAGAAAAGGUGAAACCUUUUUAAUUCAUGCACAUUCAUCAGGUGUUAUAGAUUUUGAAUUCAAUCCAUUCAAUGAACAUCAAUUGGUGACAGCAUCAGAUGAUUCAACAAUUAAAGUUUGGAAUAUUGAUGAAGCAAUUAGAUCAGGUGCAACAUCAUUAUCAAGUGCAUCAAUUGUUUGUAGUGGACAUUCGAAAUCAGUUGAAUGUAUAGCAUUCAAUCCAGUUGCUAAUAAUAUUUUAGCAUCAUGUUCAGCUGAUAAAACUUUAAAAAUUUGGGAUCUUUCAAAUGGGGAGGAGAAAUACAGUUGGAAUUUUGAACAAGGUUCAUUGACAUCAUUAUCAUGGAAUUAUGAUGGUUCAUUAUUGGUUGCCACUGGUAAAGAUUUAAAGAAUAGAAUUAUCGAUGCAAGAACUGGUGAAUCAAUUCAAGUUGGCGAUGGUAAUCAAGGUGUAAAAGCAUCACGUGUCGUUUGGUUAGGUAAUUUAAAUCAUUUCUUAACAGCUGGUUUCUCAAAAAUGAGAGAGAGACAAUUGGUACUUUGGUCAAGUCAAGAUCUAUCAAAACCAAUUAAAUCGAUAACUUUGGAUAGUUCAACUGGUAUUAUCUCACCAAUCUAUGAUCAAGAUGCUCAAUUAUUAUUCAUCUCUGGUAGUGGUGAUUCUUCAGUUCGUGUUUUCGAUAUGAAUACCCAAUUCACAAAGGAUCCAGCUUUCACAGAGUUAUCACCUGUACCAUCUGAUACUCCUUCAAAAGGUAUUUGUGCAUUACCAAAGAGAGCUUUAGAUGUAAUGGAAGUUGAAAUUGAUCGUAUCUUUAAGGCAACUCCAAAUAAUAUCAUUCCAAUCACUUUUAACAUGUCUAGAAAAUCAAAAUCAACCUUUGCUGAUGAUCUCUUCCCAAAUACCGCUUCAACUAAACCAUCUUUAUCUUCAAUUGAUUGGUUAUCUGGUGAAAAUAAACAACCAAUUUUAGUUAGUUUGAAUCCUUCUGAUAAUCAAAUUAAUAACGAUUUAGAUGAUUUACAAUUAAAUGAUAAUGAACCAGUUAAAAAAUCAACAUUUUUCAUUGAUGAUAAUACAAAUGAUAAUAGUAAUGUUGUUGAACAAUCAAAAUCAGAACCAGAACAACAACAACAAGAAGAAAAGAAAAUUUCAUCAUCAUCAUCAUCAUCAUCACCAACUAAUUCAUCAUCAAAUGUAAUAAAUAGUACACCAUCAUCACCAAUAGUUAAUGAUAAUAUUCAACGUACUGGUAUUGUACCAAAAGUUGUACGUUCAUCAAAAUAUAGACAUAUUUCAGGAUCUGCUCAUCAAAAGAGUCAAUUUUAUACAAAUUUAAAAAUUAAUGGAAGUACUUCAAAUACAUGUAUUGCAGUUAAUAGUGAAUAUGUUGCAGUACCAAUGGUUGGUAUUGGUGGUCCAUUAGCUGUUAUUCCAUUAGCUGAUAAAGGUCGUCAAAUUCAAGUACCAUGUAUUGAGAUUGGUAGUCAAUUAUGUGAUUAUGAUUUAUCACAACAUAAUACAUCGUUGGUUGCAACUGGUUCAGAGGAUUCUCAUGUUAAAGUAUUCAAAAUUCCAACUGGUGGAAUUCCAAAAACUACCGCUAAUAAAUCAAAUAAUUACACUACAACCGAGGCAGAUUUCGUUGGUCAUAAUAGAAAAGUGAUCUCUGUUAAUUUCCAUCCAACCGCUGAAAAUGUUUUAAUUACAAGUGGUGGUGAUAUGGUUGUAAAACUUUGGGAUCUCAAUGAAGGUGGUGCCGGUGAGAAAUUAUCAUUUGCAAAUGUUCACACCGAUAUGAUUACAAGUGUAGAUGUAAAUUGGACAGGUGAUAAGAUUUUAACAUCAAGUAAAGAUAAGAAAAUGCGUAUUUUCGAUCCACGUACUAAUAAAGGUGGUUUAGCUAGUGAAACAGUCACUCAUUCAGGAUCAAAAGGUGGUAAGGCAGUUUGGUUAGGUCAAACUGGAAAUAUUUUCAGUGUUGGUUUUAAUAAAUCAUCUGAACGUGAAUAUCAACUUUGGGAUAGUAGAAAUCUUCAAUCAGGUACACCAUUAGCUUCUGAUAAACUCGAUCAUUUAUCAGGUGUAAUUACACCAUUCUAUGACGAAGAUAGUGGUGUCAUUUAUUUAGCAGGUAAAGGUGAUUCAAGUAUUCGUAUGUUUGAAAUCAAUGAUCAAGAACCAUACGUACAUUAUCUCACACAAUUCUCUGCUGGUACUCCACAAGUUGGUGUUGCUAAAUUUGCCAAGAAAACUUCAAUGGAUGUUAAGAAAUGUGAAAUCGCUCGUUUCUAUCGUUCAACCGAUUCAACCAUUGAACCACUCUCAAUGACUGUACCAAGAAAUCGUCAAGAAUUCUUCCAAGAUGAUAUUUAUCCUGAUACUCGUCAAACUUGUACACCAGUUAUGACCUCUGAAGAAUGGUUCGAUGGUUGUAUUCGUGAACCAGAAUUCGUCUCCAUGAAACCUUCAGAUAUGAUUAAUCUUUCUGAUGCUCCACCACCACCAAAGAAAGAAGAUAAAUUCGUUGUCAGUCAAGAAGUUGACAAUACUCCUUCAAGAGAUCAAGUUACUAAUUCUCUCUUAUCUCGUGUUUCAAAUCAAAAUGCUUCAAGUAAUUGGGAACAAAUUGAAAAAUUAAAACAUAAUUUCACUGAUUAUGAUAAUGGUGAUAUUUCUGAUAGUGAAUGGGAUUAA